AUGUACCUCCUCAACAGUGGAUACUCUAAAAUUCUGAUAGUGAGAUUCCCGAAAUUGUACAUUCUGCUCAGCCAUCCGUUUCCGCUCCGAUCAGUGAAUUGCCAUUGUUUGUUGAAAAUGAAGUUUCUUGAUUGGUACUUGAAGAUUGGGGUUGCGUCGGCUUUGGUUGGAGCUUCUAUGGAAUUUUUCAUGGUCAAAACUGGCUUCUAUGACAAAGUAACUGUUUUGGAGUCAGAAAAGCGCGCGUGGGAGAAUUCCCCAGAUGCUCAGGCAGUUAGAGAUGCUCUCAACCCUUGGAGACAUGUUGAUCCAAAAGAAACAAACAAGUCCUGA